AUGAUCUUGUUUGCCGAUUUGAAUAGCUUCCGUUUCCUGGUUGAAACUCUCCUCAGCCAUCUGGAAAAUGAGCACAGACUUUUCGACCGAGUCAAAAUGCAUGCUCUGAAAUUAACCAUAUGGUCAGGAUACGGCUUGUACUACCUGUUUCGCUACACCCAGAAUAAAAUCAAUGGUGUUGGUGGCGAUCUGACGGCCGAGAGUAUAGUUGUACCUGGUGUCCCGUCGUAUGGUCUUGGAAAUACAUAUGGAGAGCGAAAUACAAAUUCAUUUUUGAUCAAAGUUCUUGGACACGUAUUAAUCGUCAUUGCACUUCAUGCGCUUAUCCUAUGGAUCUCCGUUACCAUCAUGCGCAUCUUCCGUUCCCGGACAUCGCCGUACCUGAAAGGUGGAGCUCCUACGCCGCCACACAACAUUAUUGUUCUGGAGCAGCCCGUGGAAGAAGCGAUGUAUGGAAGGAAGAAAGAAAGCAAAUAA